AAACGUCAACGAGACCUGAGAGCCCAUCAUAACAAAUUUUGGAAACUUCUUGCGUGAACAGAUCGGACUUGACUCGUCUCCUUUUUUAUCCCGGAUUUUUGCGGCUUAAAACAACUGCGGUGCUUGAAAGUUUUUUAGUUUUUAUCUCUAUGCUGUUACGCGAAGAUAUUCUGUUUGUUAUUGCUGUCGGCAGGGUGCAUUCGACGUGAUAGAUGCUGCAACAAUGGUGAUCUCGUUCGAUCACGAACGCAAUGGAAUUGCGGAUUUUUUCACCCAAACCGAUCCCGAGGUGCGGAAAGUCACACUGACCAUAGGAAAUAUCAUCUCUAAAAAUACUAUCAAGGAGAUUACGCUUGAAAAAUCACUAAAUGUUAUGCUGGAUAACUGCCGCGAUGCCGCUACCCUGCUCUCGAAGAACAUCGUAAAACCGGAAUUUAUCUACCGUUACCUGCAGAGCUACAACAUACAACUCCCACCGGAGAGUACAAAAGCCACUCUGAUAAAGCAGUGCAUUAACUUUUGGCGAGUCAAAUAUGGAGCACCGACCGGAAGCACGCCCAGUUCCGAUCCGCAAGCGAUUGUCCUUCCGUCCACAUCAGCAGAAUCGAGCUCUUCCAAUAGUACUAUGCAAAAUCUCGUGGCCACCGGGGGCCCCAUGGGAAAUCAAACCAAUGGCCCAGGGUACGAUACCGCAGAUCCGGGACAAGAGCAAUUUCCGGUCAACCUACUGGCACUGGACUACACCACGUGGUUUUAUCUCAAAUGGAAUCGCAACUCGCUGGAUGAGAGCGCGUUCUGGUCCGAUGCCGUGUGUUCGGUGAUGCUCGAAAUAAGCGAAAGUCAGCAAGGAGUCGAAGAAGUUCGGGGACAUAGGGAUAUCAUGAAUCUAAUACUGAGCCUCAAGUUUCAGUACAGUUUCCAGCUGGUGCCCAACAUCAUGUUCGAUGGCUGCCAGGGUCGAAUAUCGGACAACGGCGUACUGGUGCUGACGGUGGGAGUGGUUUACAACGACCGAAGGGGACUGGACAAUCGGUUGACGACCCUAGGGGAGUUUGAGAGCAUGAUCGGUUUGCGCAGGGAUCCCCUCGAGAACAAUAACUGGAAGAUUACGAUGUACAAGCUCUACAUACGGUAUAAACCUGUGGACAAUUUACCUGCCUUAUCGAACAGCAAAAUGCUUACCGAGUGCCUGUUGAUACCACUUACGUUGGAUAGUGUUUGAGUGCCAUUUGGAGGGAUGAUGUGUGCAUUGCUAUUGAAAAGAUUAUAUUAUGCGUAGUGAUGCGUUUUUAUGAUGUCGAACUAAUGAGUAUUUUGUAUAAUGAACAGUCGACAAUAAACAUUGUUACAUGAAAUGUUA